ACGUGUCGUCUGAACUGUUUUCUGUGAGCGUGGCCUGCUGUGUGUGCAUCCGUUAACACAACGCGAUUAUUCGUUCGGAAAGGGUCCAUCAAAUCCCACCGAAACACCCUGGGCUAAAUAUUUUAAAAUGUCUCCGCAGAGAGAGUGCUGGUUCGGCCCCAAAUGAACGGGUUUGUUGUUCACGGUUCGUGUGUGAUAAAGCAAUUUAGGCCACCCAGUAGGUGCGUGCGGUGUGGGGCAAUAUUUAAAGUGCGUUCAUCAAGUGAGCCUACUAUGAAAAGACCAAGCGGAAACGGAGACUGCUGACCGUUCGUGAGUAGUUGGCACACACACACACAGCUCAGCAAAGUAAGCCACUGAAGAUGCCCGGUGCGGUGGAGCAACGGAUCAGCAAACCACCCGACGGCGGCUGGGGUUGGAUGGUCGUGUUUGCGUACGGUCUGGCGAACAUUAUGAUAGUACCCGUGCUGCAGAGCUUUGGAUUGAUUUUUCGGGACACAUUUCGCGAGAUCGGCAUAUCGGCCACGAAAGCCUCCGUUAUCAUUAACCUCGCUUCCGCCGUCGGAAUGGCGCUGGGGCUGUUCAACGGACCCUUGCUACGCAAGUACGGCUUCCGGAAGCUGGCCGUUGCCGGAGGCACCCUGUUUUCAGCAGGACUGAUGCUCACGUCGUCGGCCGUCAAUUUCGCGCACUUCGUCAUUACCUACAGUAUUAUCGCUUCCCUCGGUAUGGGAUUUUGCAACUCAUCGUUCUCGCUCGCCCUGAACACGUACUUUGCGGUGCGCCGCAACAAGGCGGCCGGCAUCGCGAUGACCAUAACCGGGCUGGGCCCGAUCCUGUUCCCGCAGCUCGUGUCGCUACUGAUCGCACUGUACGGCCCACGGCACUGUCUGCUCAUCAUUGGUGCCCUGGCCACGCACAUCGUGGCCGGUGCGCUACUGCUGCAACCGGUCAAAUGGCACAUGCUGCCGGUCGGGCGACCGCACCAACAACCAGCCGCCCCUGCGAUCGAGGUGAAGAUUACCGAAGACGAAGACGAAGACAACAACAAUGAUCGGCGGCCACAGUACACCGAAGAGGAGGAUGAGUUUCUCGAGAAGCGGAGCGAUCGGUUCAUCGAUCACGAUGUGGAUACGCAGAGCAUUUACGGGUUCGAGCUAACCUCACAGCUUCGACAGCCCCCUUCCCGAUCGUUCUCUGUUCCGGCCGGCACCAUCACCGAUGAUGGUCGCAUUUCGAGGGCCACAAGUGAAGUGCUGGCCUCGCUGGUCCUGCGGUGCCCUUCGGAGACACGUUCGCUGCAGCACGAACGAAGCCCACCGUGUCCCAAACGGUGGUUUCAAUCGGAUUCCACCGAAACCGUCAAUCUCGGCAGCUCGCUGGGCAUCUGGGAUGAACGGAGCGUCGAGCCGGUGGGGUCACCGCCGCCACCGAGUAAGCCGCAGCGGCGCUUCUCGAGCUUCUCUAGCGUGCGCUUUCUGCCGCUUCAGAAGCAGCGCCUCUUCCAGGGUUCGACCGAAACCGUUGGCACGGCGGGGAGCUCCGUGCGGCUUGCUGAUGGAACGAUGGUCCGACGCGGAUCGCUCGGAAGUGGCCUACUGAACGGAGCACCCCCGGCAGGAGGAGGAGCCACGAAACUUCCCGCACUGAGUGAAAACCAGGGUCUCACCGACGACUCCUCCCGGCUGCCGGUCAUAAUGCGGCAGCUAGAAAACACCACCAAACCUGCCUCCUCCCCGAAGAUGCCGGUGGUUUCGCCCAAAUCGGAUAGUUUUGCCGCGAAGCUGGUCCGGUUCUUCGAUCUGACGCUGCUCCAGGACAAGGUGUACGUCAACAUGAUGCUCGGCAUGUCGAUCGCGGUGUUCGCCGAGAUCAACUUCUCGCUCCUGACCCCCUUCAUUCUGGGCGAUCUGGGGUACGGCACGGUGCAGAUAGCCUCGAUUAUGUCCACGCUGGCGUUGGCCGAUCUGGUGUUCCGUUUCAUCAGCCCGUUCGUCGGUGAUUAUCUGAGGCUCAGUCCGCGCACCAUGUACAUGAUCGCACUCACGAUGCUGAUCGUGACGCGGUUCAGUAUACUGCUCGCCCGGAACUACGAGGAAAUGAUGAUCGUUGCGGUCGGGCUGGGCAUUGCGAAGGGCGUCCGGUCGGUGUAUAUGAGCCUGGUCAUACCGAGCUACAUCCCACUGAAACGGCUACCGUCCGCCUCCAGCAUCCAGAUGACGACGAACGGGAUCGUGCUGAUGACGAUCGGUCCUUGCGUGGGGGUCCUUCGCGAUUGGACGGGCAGCUACUCGAAGAGCAUCAUUCUAAUUAACGCGUUCACGAUCGUCACACUGAUCAUGUGGACGGUCGAGCUGGUGUACGUACGCCGUUGCCAAACAGCCCCGGUGGGUCCCUCGACCCACCAGCAGGUCGAUGGGAUCCCGCCCCGGUGAUACUCGAAAGGAGGAGAUGGAAUA